CCUCAAUCAUCAAAGAUCUCGAGGCAUUGAAGCAGCAUCAUGAGAAAUCCAAGAGCAACAUGCCCCGGGAGAUCUCUGAAGCAUUGGUUGACACGCUUCUCGAUUUCUCACGCCGCGUGCAGAAGGCCCCAACCACGGAAACCCUCGCGCAGCGCCUGAUACGAAUGGAAUCUUACAUGGAAAAGACUCAAAAGGAAGUGUCCCAGACCUCCCGUGAGGUUCUCAACACCAAGUCCAAUACUAACCGCUUACUGGAGGCACUCUGCACGCCUUCACCCUCAGGAGCUCGCCAAUCGAAAAUUUCUGCUGGUGAUAUUGAUUUAUAAGACCAACUCUUUCUCGCGGAAUCGAAUUCUUGAAAUUCUACGCCCAAACACGGCCGGAUUCGGCUAAGAAUUAGUUCAAUAUAAAUUAACUCUGAC